AUCAACUAUAAUUCAAUAUAAACUCGUUAGUGCCGCGUCCAGCUCGCACCAAACUACACGUGCCUUACAUACGUACAUAGCACGCCGUAUAAAUACACGUGUUUGUUGACGAAAGUUGACAUAUUGACCGGAUUAUACACAAACGGUCCAAAUGGGCAGCCUGGUGAGCCAGCUAUGGUGGGGCGGGGACCCGGACGAGGUGAGCUCUGUGUCGGGGUUGAGCAGACGCGACAUCUACGCUGUGCAGAAGUCCUGGGCCCCAGUACAUGCCAACAACGUGGCAGUGGGCACGGAGUUAUUGAAAAGAUACUUCCGCGCGUAUCCAAAUGCGAAGCAAUACUUCCGUAUGAUAAGGAACCUGUCCGAGGAUGAUUACGACAGUAACAUACAGUUCAAAGCUCACGUGGUAAGCCUGAUGACGUCGCUCAACCUGGCGGUCAGCACCCUCGACCAGCCAGAGGUCGUGGCCGCACUGAUGCAGAAGCUCGGAGAGUCGCAUGGAAAGAGGAAAAUACAGGAGAAAGAUUUUCACGAUUUAAAAGGCGUCAUAGUAAAAAUGUUCAUUGAAGUACUGAAACUUGACGACUCAACGCUCGGCGCUUGGGGCAAGACUGUGGAAUUCUGGUACAAGCAUAUCUUCCAAACCCUAUCAAUACCAGACGAGCAGAGAUAAUGUAAAGAAAACCAUAACAUUUUCAAGACCAAAUAAUUGAUCUAAGUUACUACAGGUAUGAUACGAAUUAUCGGAACGAAUGUAAAUUUAGCAGGAAUAUCUUUGACCUGUAGCCAUGUGACACAUCGAAUAGCUUUCUACAAACGCUAACGAUCCCAAUGAUAUUUAAUACUUGAGAAUGGGCACUACUGCAUCAACAAUGCGGCGGGCAAAUGUGUUUAUUUGUCUUAAUUUCAUUUAGUCGCUUAUAAAACAAUGAACGUUAUAUAAACAAAUAAUUAGGAUAUAACGCCUACAGUGUCUAGUUUUGUUGUACCUAUAAGUACAUAAAUAUACUCAGUGGCAGAAAUAUUCGCCCAUUUUAAUAUACUCGCGUCAUAUUAAAGUGGGCGGAUAAUUGUGCCUCUUAAUGGAAUGAAUGACAAAAUUGUGCAUGUGUGCGCUCAGCGGUGUAGCUAAAUUCAGCAAGGCACGUAACCUAUCUAUAGUAUAAAAUUAUCAUUGAACGAUUCGAAAACUAAAUAAAUUAAUGGGAAUGACAGAUCCGACCGAUCACGUGACCUCAUGAUAGCAAAUGUCAUUCGCAUACAUUUUUUAAUUCUCGAAGCGUGAGCGUUUGUAGAAAGAGAAUCGACGUGCCAUAUGGCUAAAGACCCUUAUUAGUUUUAUAUUGUUGCUUGUUAUAAAAAAAUAUACACAACUUUAAUGAGUCAAAUAAUUAUGUAUGUUUAUAAAACUUAAAAGACACCGCACAUAGUCGUUAAAUUCAUCAUUGCGAAUGAUAUAAAUGUACCUACUCGUUCUUUACUCAGAUUAAGUACAAAUCACGAUGUUAUCAAAGUGUUGAUAAAUUAUAUUGCGCUAAACCUACUUGCCGCUGGUCACAACGGCUGAUAAUAUCUAUUUAAAGAAACCAUUUAAUAUAUUUAUUACAUAUCCACUGACUGAAAGGUAACGAAUUCAUAAUACGUAUAUAGAUACGUCUUGAAUAUAAAUAGCUUAGUUACGUAUAAUAUUUAUAUUCUCCAGAUAUUCCAUCCACUAAAGGUAUUUUUGUAAAUCUUGUACUUGAGAAUGGCGUAUAAACUAUUUUUUUUGUGACCAGACUUUGUAACGUAGAUUGUAAUACAAGGGGCUAAAAUUACCCAUUACGAUGACACGAAACUCUGGGAACCGAAUUAAAGUGCGUUUUUAGCACCGUGUGUUAAUUACAAUCACGAGAAAAUAAAACACGCAAAAUUCUGGAUAUUUCUUAUUAUUUUAUGAAAUAAUAGUAUGUAAAGUUUAUUUUCAUGAGUAUUCCACUUAUGAAUAAACGCGCUUAUUUUGGCUCGUUGGUAAUCUUAGACCUUAAUGGUCUAACUUGGUAACACACAAAAAAAGAUUCCCGAGAUAAAUAUGGAAUUUUAUGCUCGCUCUAGUACUCUACAAUGUCGAACUUUUCGACUUAGAAAAUUGAAAAAUUAAUAAAUUUAUUAAUAACCUAAAUCACAACUAAAAUUGAAUAUUUACUCGUAAAUUCAUGACAUUACUAUGUAUUGUGUAAAUUAUGACGUGGAAUUUUCAUUUUGCUUGAUCAUCUCAAUCAUAGUAAUUUUCAAUUCAACUAUUAUUUUUGCAGAUAUAAUAUGACAAAGUUGUACUAUGCGUCCAUUAUGCGACAGUGUACAUAUAAUUAUGACAUAUCAAGGUAACACACACUUAAUAUGUCACCUAUCAUUAUAUUAAUUUGCAUUUUUUGCUGUACACUAACAAAAUAACCUACAAGUAUUUAUUUACAAAGGAAAUGAAGAUCUUGAAUCAUUUUUGUAUUCAAUGGAUUUUUAAUAUAAUAACCAUUUACAUUUUAUUAAAAUUCAGUAAAAACUUAGUUAGUUGACCUUUUGAAGGUACAUGAAUAUUUUUUCUAUGUUUUAUCAUUACUACAAAGUAUACUCGUAGGGAGCUAAGUUGCAAAAAAAAAACUUUUUAAAAAUUUUGUUACAGCAUUGUAUUAUUAUUAGUUAUUAUAUAUUUAUGUUUUUUUUUUAAAUUUUGUGUUUGAGGAUAGAUAAAAAUUAUUAUGUAUAAUUAAUAUAUUAUAAUUGUCUAUACAUAUCUAUACCUAUUUCCAAAGAUUAA